AUUAACACAUGUCAGUAGGCCCAACAAAAAAUACAUAUAAGUGGGCCCUCUCUAGUUCUCAAUUGCUACGUCUAUAAAUAUUAGCAGAAAGACGUUGCCCUCUACCAAAAAACCCUAUUAAUCUCUAACAUUGUUGUUACUUUCGGCUCCGGCUACGACUCAGCCUCGAACCUCUCAGUCUCUCACUUCCCUCUGAUUCCACGGUAACAGACAACUUUUAGAUGAUAAUAUCAAUGUCGAACCUACAGCAAAAAUAGAAUAUCAAAACUAAUGUUUUGUUCUCGUGUUUGGUUAAAAGAGGAGUAGAAGUAAUUUAAGUUGAACAAUGGAUAUUAGUUUUACUGAGUUGAUUGAAACGUUGGAAUUUCUUUUUAUUUUUUUUUGAAAAAUUCGUUGAAAUUUUUUAGAGAAGAGAGACUAAUAAGUUAUUUGUCAAAAAGAAGAAGAAAUCAUUAUUUUUUGGCUAGUUAUGUGCAUCGUGCUGUUUCUUCAAUUGGUAUUAGGCACAUUGCGUUUUCCCUAUCCUCACAAAAAGAAAAUAAAAUUGACAUUUAGUGAUACAAAAACGAAAGCUAUGAAAUUCCUCUUUUGUUAUUGGUUUGAAAAAGACUGAAUUCACAAUUUAGGGGAAAAAUAUAAUAUAAAAAUUGAUUUUAUUAGAGUAAAUGCAAGAUUUUGAAGUUAUUGGUUUAUGUUACAAAUUAGUAUAUAACUUCCCUUUGUAGUGCAGGUCAUUAAAAGCACAGACCAGAGGCUAAGAAUCAGAACAAAGCAACAAGUUCUGGAGUCUCUGAGUGAUUCUCUGAAAUAUGGAGAAAGAGAUAAGCUCAAAGAGGCCUUUUAGAGGGAUCAUAGCAGAUUUCAAAGGAAGAGCCUUGUGUUACAAGCAAGACUGGAUCACUGGUCUCCGCUCUGGUUUCGGGAUUUUAGCACCAACAACAUACAUAUUUUUUGCAUCUGCGCUUCCGGUUAUAGCCUUUGGAGAGCAACUUAGCCGCGACACAGAUGGAGCGUUGAGCACAGUAGAAACGUUGGCAUCAACAGCGUUAUGUGGAGUGAUACACUCAAUAUUAGGAGGACAACCACUGUUGAUACUUGGGGUUGCAGAACCAACUGUCUUAAUGUACGUUUACUUGUACAACUUCGCUAAAGGAAGACCAGAGUUAGGCAAAGAACUCUACUUAGCUUGGGUGGCUUGGGUUUGUGUAUGGACGGCUAUGUUACUGUUCUUAAUGGCCACCCUCAACGCGGCUGACAUCAUUAACCGGUUUACGAGGGUUGCUGGUGAGCUGUUUGGUAUGUUGAUCUCCGUUCUGUUCAUCCAACAAGCCAUUAAGGGUAUGGUGGGGGAGUUCAGCAUGCCAAAAGAAGGGGACUCAAAACUCGAAAAGUAUAAGUUUGAAUGGCUAUACACAAACGGACUUCUUGGACUAAUUUUCACAUUUGGCCUUCUCUACACUGCUUUGAAGAGCAGAAAAGCUAGGUCUUGGCGAUAUGGAACAGGAUGGUACAGAAGCUUCAUAGCGGACUAUGGAGUUCCUUUGAUGGUUGUGGUCUGGACAGCAUUGUCUUUCACUACGCCAUCGAAACUCCCCUCUGGUGUACCUAGAAGACUCUUUAGUCCUCUUCCUUGGGACUCUGCUUCUUUAGAACACUGGACUGUCAUCAAGGACAUGGGGAAAGUCUCUCCAGAAUACAUUUUCGCGGCGUUUAUACCAGCACUGAUGAUUGCAGGACUCUACUUCUUUGAUCAUAGUGUUGCCUCGCAGCUCGCGCAGCAGAAGGAGUUCAACCUCAAGAACCCUUCUGCGUAUCACUAUGACAUUCUCUUGUUAGGCUUCAUGACGUUGAUCUGUGGAUUGCUUGGUCUGCCUCCUUCAAAUGGAGUCCUCCCCCAAUCUCCUAUGCAUACAAAAAGCCUCGCUGUUCUCAAACGACAGUUGAUUCGGAGGAAGAUGGUGAAGACAGCCAAAGAAAGCAUCAGGAAGAGAGCAACAUCUUCCGAAGUAUACGAGAAUAUGCAAGAAGUCUUCAUAGAAAUGGACAAAAGCCCAAUUGCGCAGACAAACAGAACAGUGAUACUUGAGCUGCAAGAUCUAAAAGAAGCGGUGAUGAAGAGCAACGAGGACGAAGGAGAGAGAGACGAGGAGAGUGGUUUCGACCCAGAGAAGCACUUGGACGCUUACUUGCCUGUACGAGUCAACGAGCAGAGAGUGAGCAACCUUUUACAGUCACUACUAGUAGCAGGUGCAGUGUUGGCUAUGCCGGCCAUCAAGCUCAUGCCGACUUCAGUUCUAUGGGGAUACUUCGCUUACAUGGCCAUCGACAGCCUCCCUGGAAACCAAUUCUUUGAGCGUAUGAUGCUUCUCUUCGUCCUACCAAGCCGGAGAUUCAAGGUCUUGGAGGGAGCACACGCGUCGUUCGUGGAGAAGGUUCCAUACAAGUCAAUGGCUGCGUUCACAAUCUUGCAGAUAGUCUACUUUGGGAUUUGUUACGGAGUGACGUGGAUUCCUGUGGCGGGAAUAAUGUUUCCGGUUCCUUUCUUCCUCUUGAUAGCCAUCAGACAGUACAUUCUCCCUAAGCUGUUUAACCCGUCUCAUCUCCGAGAACUCGACGCGGCCGAGUACGAGGAGAUCCCCGGCACUCCUAGGGACCCGCUUGAAUUGUCUUUCCGGGCAACUGAUACAACGAAAGGCGUCCCAGAGAAUGAUGCUGAGAUUUUAGACGAGUUGACGACGAGAAGAGGAGAGCUUAAAGUCCGUACGCUUAGUCUUAAUGAAGACAAAGGCAACCAGAUUUAUCCCAAGGAAAAAGUGCAAGCAGAGGAUGAAACACGAGUACUACGAGACAGUCAGUGAUGUAAUAACCAAAAAACAAUGAAUAUACCAUUUUUCCAGUUAUUUGACCACAUAGUAUUUGUUUGUAGAUCAAAAACAUAGAUGAACAUGUAUAAAUAACGUUCUCCUUGUCUUCUACAGUGCAAAUUAUUCUAAGUAGGGAUUAUUGGUUUUUGUAUUUUAAUGAAUUUGAAAAUCCGAACUAAAUCUAGUGUUAUUGGUUCUGUGAUUUUAAAAUUUGUAUUAAAAUCA